AUGAAGGACAUUGUCACCAACACGAAUCCCACCAUGAGUAGAAAAGAGUUUUAUGCUGACUUGUUAGAACAAGUCAAGUGUAUUUGUGAGGACCAGUCUUUUUGGGUCACUAACCUUUCAAAUGCUUCGACUGUCAUUUACCAUGGCUUGAUCUCGUUGGAGCACUUUCAAAAGAAGCCUAUCAACUGGUGUGGCUUCUAUAUCACUGAUCCUAAGAAUGACAAGCAAUUAAUUCUCGGUCCUUUUCAAGGCAAGGUUGCUUGUACAUUGAUUCCAUUCGGUAAAGGUGUCUGUGGCACUGCUGCCAGCACAAAAGAAUCUCAGCUUGUACGUGAUGUGCACGAAUUUCCUGGUCAUAUUGCCUGUGAUUCAGCUUCUAAUUCUGAAGUUGUGAUUCCCAUGAUCAAAGACAAUUGUGUUCUUGGUGUCCUUGAUAUUGAUUGUGAAAAAGUAGAAGGUUUUACUGAAGAAGACAAAGAGGGAUUAGAAGCCAUUGCUGCUGCUAUUGUUCAAAGUUGUGAGUGGCCUUGA